UUCGCAGUUUUUUUUUUUUUUACAUCACGAGAGCUUUACAUAGUGUAAAGCCCACAAAAGCCCCCUAGCAAAUACCUCAUUAUAAGCUUCCAGUUGAACUGCCUGGGGCUAGACAGUUGAGCUACAGCCGGUUAAGAAGGCAAGCGGACGUCAGCAACUAACGUGGAGCAGGGAUCGAGGGGGCGCAAUUCGCUCGUAACACGACGCCGUGUUGUGGACGCUUUUGACCGGGGGACCGCGUUCCGCUACUCUCGAGUCACCCAGUGCCCUUGCCUGGCGGCUAGGAUUAGCCUGUACUGCUGAAAUUUCUCUUUUGUAUUGUUCCUUUUUCGAAUUGGAGACGGGAAAAGCUGCAGGCGACAGUCGACAUGAGCAGCAAGGUUGGGACCACGUCAAGUCGCAUCUUAGACAUACCAUGCAAGGUGUGUGGUGACCGUAGCUCCGGCAAGCACUACGGUGUCUACGCGUGCGACGGCUGCAGUGGGUUCUUCAAGCGAAGCAUCAGGAGGAAUCGAACCUACGUCUGCAAGAACCGGGGACGUGGACCGUGUCCCAUCGAUAAGACGCACCGUAACCAGUGCAGGGCGUGCCGGUUGAAGAAGUGUGUCCAGGUGGACAUGAAUAAAGACGCUGUGCAACACGAGAGAGGACCUCGAAACUCCACUCUCCGUAAACACAUGGCGCUCUACCUCCGAGACGCUCACAUCUCGCCGUCGUCCGAGCUUGUAGGGCACCCCAUCAGCCCCGGCUACUCGCCUCACAGCCCGGCGUAUUUCCACCCUUUCUUCGGUGCGGUCAACGGCGUAGAGCAAACGUGCGGCGGUCCGACAAUGGGCCCGGUGAAUUUUCCGUUUCACGGUGUAGCGUCUGGCUUAAACCCGCUCAGCCUCUGCCAGCCUGUCCCUCGUUACCAUCACCACCAGGCCGUUCGACCCAUAUCUACCGGCGUAGAAGCAGUGUGUGAGAUGGCAGCUAGACUGCUCUUCAUGAGCAUCAGAUGGGCUAAGAAUGUACCAGCAUUCGGCAGCCUCCCGGAAAGAGAACAGCUCGUCUUACUCGCCGAUGGAUGGCGGGAAUUAUUUAUUCUAGGCGCGGCACAGUGGCAACUCACUAUCGAUAGCCAAUCGCUGAUGACUGCGGCUGGUCUGACGUCAGAGAACACUGCGCCCGAGAAACUCGCAGCGGUUACCAGCGAAAUGCACGUGUUGCAAGAAAUCAUAGCUAAACUCCAUCACCUUCAAGUAGAUGCUACUGAAUAUGCAUGUCUCAAGGGAAUAUUGAUGUUCAAAGCAGAUGCUCCAGGCCUUGAUGACGUCCCGGCAAUAGCUAACCUCCAAGACCAGUCGCAGUUAACUCUCAACAAAUACAUCUCCCUACGGCACCCGUCGCAGCCUUUCCGUUUCGGCAAGCUGCUUCUCCUCCUUCCGUCGUUGAGGGCGAUACGUGGGAGCACUCUAGAGCAGCUGUUUUUCAGGCACACUGUAGGCUCAAUGCCAGUCCACAGACUCAUCAGAGAUUUGCACAAAGUACAGGAAUUCUGAGCUAUGACAUUAGGUGGUGGAUGAAGCGACUGGAAGAGAGUCUAAGGGGAGUCAACCAUAUCGACAGCUGUUUUUAAGGCACACCGUAGGCUCCAUGCCGGUCCAUAGACUCAUCAUCAGAGAUUUGCACAAAGUGCAGGAAUUCUGAACUAUUACAUUAGGUGAUGGAUGGAGCGGCUUGUAAAGAGAAUACGGGAGUCAACCAUAAUAUCGGGCCGUGAUCCAAUGGUGUUGCGUUAUGGAGACUAUUACCUAGGACGUCAUUACAGUCCAUUGUGGGCUUGUGGCAUGGCUACUCUAUCAAAGAUGGUGAAUCCACAGUCUCAUGCGUUAGUCUGAUAUAGCAACGACUGAUAUACAAGUCUAAUCUGAAUUCUGAUGCUGGAAACUUAAACUCGAAGAACAUGGGACUGCGUGACUAGCUGAUUGAAGACGAGUGACCUUCUGUGAUGAAGACACAAUGAUGACGUAACAAGAAUAAUCUGUUUAAAAUGACUGCCCUCUUGUGGUGCGAUUGUGAUGACGUAACAAGACUGUACAAAUCUUGUUUAAUAAGCGACUUGGUCCAAGUUGGGAAACUUGUCAAUACAAAAAUGUACAAAAUAGUGUGUAUAUAAUUGUAAAUCAUUAGUUAUUCGAAGGUGUAACUACUGAGGUCUUAUUGUCAAUGAUAGGACAUAAUCUAAACUCGAACUGUUCGUUUUUGCAAUAGUGUAUUUGUAAAUUAAUUACAAAAGGAUUAAAAUCAUGAACUGAUGAAUAAAAGUUAUACAAUAACGGUAGGCUGAU